UAAGUUUCCAAGUAACUUAUCGAAUAUCGAUCACUUCACUUUCCAUAUUCCAUACUACACUCGCACUCGACCAUUCCCCAGACAACACGAACUCCUUUUGCUUAGCUUAGUGAUGAUCAAGUUGCAGAAUCUCUUGAUAGUUUUUGUCUCCAUUUCAUUUUCACCCUCCAUUAUAUCUCAAAAACUCAUUAACUGUACCCGUUCAUGCCCCGGAGCCCAAUUUAUUUUCGUACCCUACCCAUUCGGCUUCUCCUCUGGCUGCCAAAUCCAGCUCAAUUGCACCGCCGAUGGCUCCGUUUUAAUCGGUGAAUUCCCUGUUCAACAAAUUAACCCCGAUGGGUUAACCGUCGGCCUUCCCGCCAUGUGCGGCCGCCCUGUUGACUCCCUCAGCCACCUGAAUGGAGAACACUAUGCUCCGGUGUCUACAAACGGGAUCCUUAUGGAAAACUGCAUGGACCAGAAAAAUAAUUGCAUAAUUGCAGCGACAACGUGGGGAACCAGUUUCGAGGAUCUCAAUUGCAGUGUCAUACAGGAUAGACGUAGUAAUCGUAGCCUUAGUUGUUACUCCGGUGAUACUACUCGUAUGUUUCUUGACCAUGAAAACAUCACAAACAUGGGAUGUCAGUAUCUGUUUUCAGGGGUUGCCUCGGAGAUAAGUGGGAAUAAUAGCGAGGGGGUGUCUUUAGAUGUUCAAGUAGUUAAGUUGGGUUGGUGGCUUAAGGGGAGUUGCGACUGUUCUGGUGAUGCUGUUUGUACAAAGAUUUUGUCUCCGUCGGAUGGAAGCGAUGGGUAUCGGUGUAGGUGUAAAAGCGGUAUUGACGGCGAUGGGUACACAGCCAGCUCCGGUUGUGGGGAAGCGAAAGGAUCCAUGGGAGCUACAAGGAGGUUCAUAAUAGGUAAGGAGACAAAUAUUUAUAUAAACCGAUGA